AAAGUGCGGGUGUAGAAUAUAUAUCAUAUAAUAAUAUAUAUAAAUAAAUAUAUUUCUAGUGAGGAAUAUACAUUUUUUAUAUAUAUAUAUAUUUCUUUUUUUUAUCGUAUUGAUAUAAUAAAUCAUAAAUAAAGUGAAGUGCAUUUCCGAAAAUAGUGUAAAGGGAAAUGAAAAAACACGAAAGAUAAAAGAAAGGAAAGAGAGCUAAAAAAAAAAAUAAAAUCAAAGUGAGGAGAAAGGGAAAGAGAAAGACGCAAGAAUAUAAAGAGUGAGGUUCGAGAAAACAAUUUAGAAGUGCUGUACGUGAGAGACGAAAAGAGAAAAAGAAAGAAAUUAAAAGAGAAAGAGAGAGGGAGAGAGAGAGAGAGAGAGAGAGAAAGCUUGUGACCAACUUCCGGUAAUUCAAAAAAGAUCCUUGCACGAGAGUGCGAUUUUUAUCUUUCGCUCGCCUUCGUUAACCCACGCAGAAGCUAUUCUUUUCUUAGUGAGCUUUUUUCUUUGGGUGUUAAAAAAAAAAUAGUAAAAGAAAGCAGAUCAUAGAAGCAGAGAGAGAGAAAGAGAGAGAGAGAGAGAGAGAGAGAGAGAGAGGGAGAGAGAGAGAGAGAGAGAGAGAGGUGAUUUAAUCUCUUCCCCCACUCCUGCUCUAUAUAGUACGAGGAAGAACGAUCUAGAAAAUCUCGUGAACGAACGUACAAAUCAGAGAGAGAGAGAGAGAAAGAGGACGAAAUUCAUAACAAAAAAAAAAUAUAAUAAUAAAUAAAAAUAAAAGAAUAAAAAUAGUUUAGAGAAAAUGGAUUCGCCCGUCAUCGUGGAUUCAGCAUCCAAAUUCGGACGAGGGAUCGAUCUGGACCACUCGUUCCCUGGCUUUCCAUUCGACGACGACGACGAUUUUGGUCGACGUACUGACAUACGAGCACAUUUGGACGACCUAGCUGCUCGACAUCCAGAGUUCGCAGAUCAUCUGUUAGGACCUCCUUGGGGUGAUAUACCAUUCCGAGGAUCUACGCAUAAUAAUCAACGUCGAGGUUCAGGAAACGGAGGUAGCAGUAGUAGUUAUCCAAAUUAUCCAGACGAGGACGCCAGGAGUCAAGCUAGUGGUAGUAGUGCUACUAGCGCUGCGAGUGGUGCAAGUGGCGUUAGUUCGCACGGUGAACCAGAAUCUUCAUUCUCAUCUGGUCGUUCACAAUAUAAAGAAUCGCACAGGGAAGAUAGAAGAAAUCCUAUUCCACAAUACGGUUUACGUAAUACCGUUGACAUUGGUCAACAUCAUCGCGACAAUAUGGAAAAUUCUGAGAAGGAUGCACGUGGACAACGUUCGAUGUCAGCGCCACCAGAGAACAGACAACAAACGAACUUUCAGCAAGGUUCGCAUGAGCAAGAUAAGCCUCAGCCACAGCCGGGACAGCGUUUCGUUUCUAGAGUCGACAUAACGCCACAGCACAAUCAGCAAUCUUCUCCUUCUCAGCAGCAGUCAUCGCCACCACCACCUUCACAGCCAACUCAACAACCACAAAGCAACGUUAGGCAUAUACCAAUAUUUGUAGAAGGACGUGAUGAGCCAGUAAUCUCGAAGAAUGCCCAUGCGCCUUUCCAAAGACAACAAUCGCCACCGCAAUUUCAAAAUUCAUCACAUUUCUCCAAAUCGUCUCCUUUCAAUCUAGGUUUCGGAUCUAGACAAUGGCGACCACAUUUCCAAGAAUCUUUCUAUCAGCCACACCCAUCUUUCGAUCAUUCACCGACACGUCGUACUCAGCAAUCGCCGAAUUAUCAACAACCUAAACAACAGCAACAAUAUAACGAGAGACAACGACACGACCAACAACCACAAAGACAUCAUCAAUUCGACUCUCAACCGCAAGAACAUCAUCAGUCUCGACAGAGAGCGCAUCAGCAACAGGAUCCAAAUUCAUAUCCGCAGCAACAGGCAGCUAGUCAACAAGCGCAACAACAAGAGGCAUCUAAACCUGUACCAAAACCUGCACCACCUAAAGAUCCUCUUGAGAGAGUAGCUUUGGUACAAAAAGAAGUAGAUUCUCUUGCUGAACAAGUUAAACAGUAUACCGGUAACUCUCGCAAGGACAAGCAAUAUAUUUACUUGGACGAGAUGCUAACAAGAGAAUUGAUCAAACUAGAUGACAUAGAAACAGAAGGACGAGAAAAUGUUCGUCAAGCUCGUAAAAAUGCUAUCAAAACUAUACAGGAGACGAUAAGUCUAUUGGAAUCUAAGGCGCCUUUACCUGGACAAGAACAAGUCCAAGAUGACCAAUCCCAAACUAUGCAAAUGGAACAAUGUCAAGAGCAGGAGCAGGAAAGUCGUCAAUCGAACGAAUCGAUGGAUGUUGAACAAAACAACGAACAGAGCACACAAGUCAACGAACCAAUCCCAUUGCCUCCUGGACCUUCCUCGCCAAAAGCUACUUCUGAAACAAGUGAAACUGCUGCUGCAGUAACACAAAAUGAACAACAAAAUGUAUCAAUUGAAAAUCAGUUGACAAAACAAGAACAGGAGGUUCCAGCUGUUAUGAAUGAGGAACAACAACAACAAGAACAACAGAAACAAGAGAUCGAAAUUGUUGCCGAUAAAUCAUCGAACGAUAACACGAAUAAUAUUACUGAAGUGACGAUGCAAAUUGAUUCGUCUAGUCCAAUGGAAGUGCAAGAGAAAGUAGAAAGUGUUGUUGAGGAAAAGAAAGACGAGAAUCAAAAUGUAUCGCAUGAAAUCAAAUUGAAUAGUGACGAACAAAAGCCAAUGGACGAUGAAAAACAAAUUACAGAUAGUCAGGAAAAGACUAAGGUCGACAAAGGAAUGAGUAAAUCACUUUUGUCACCGAAAACGAUUAAGAAAGCAAAGAAACAAGCUAAACCUAUAUCAGAAAAACCGAUACCUUUACCACCUCCGCAAAGUACGGAAGCGAAUGCCAAGUAAAGAAAAGGAAAAGGAAGGAUGUGGAUUGCCAUGUUGUUUUUCUUUUUGUAAAUCAUAAUUUGUUUGUCGGCCACUAGAUGGCGAUAAAGUCGCUCGUGCUCCCUCUCCAACAAAUGCGAUUGUUUCUACAUCUUAGAAACUACGAAUCUUGCGACUCUCCGCCAUUUUAUUGUUUUUCUUCUUUCUUUCUUUCUUUCUUUCUUUCUUUCUUUUUUUUUUUUUUUUUUUUUAUAGCUUGAGUUCGAUUUAGAGUUGGACUGAUGAUCGUCGGGAAUCCGCUGAUAAUCGACAGAUAUACGAAUCUGUAUAACGUUUUACACGUUGAUAUAUUUUUUCUCGUCCAUUUUUACUUUUAUUGUCCUUCGAUGAACAAAAAUAAUAAUAAUAAUAAUAUUAAUAAUAGUAAUAAUAAUAAUAAUAAUAAUUUUCCAAGUACAUAAUCCUUUUUUUAUGAAAUUUUCUUCCGCUGCGAUGCACAAUGUUUCUCGAAGGACUUGACUUAUUUCUAUCAGCGUGUGUGUGUGUAUAUAUAUAAAUAUAUAUAUACAUAUGAAGUAUCAGAAAAGUAUUAUUUGAUUUGUAUUUCUGAUAUUUUUUUUCUUUUUCUUCUUUUUUAAGAAACGCAUAUCGCAUGCACAUGUGCACAUGUGUAUAAGGAUUGAUACAUUAAAAUCGGUAUACUUGAAAUGGUUACACCAUCUAUUUAUAUACAAUGCAUAUAUUGCAGCGAAAUAAAAACAAAAAAUUUCUUUUGGUGUCUCAAAAUUUGCAUUUUUUUUUCUUUUUAUAAAUUGUUAACAAACUAUUGUGAGUAAUUUUUAUCACAAAUAUAGUAGCGUAUUUCUUAUAUUCCAUCCAAUCGUAACGUGACAUUAUUUUCUUACCAUAAAAACUAAUUAAUUGAUGAUGGUGCCUUGUCAAGUAUCGUUAAUCUUAUUAUUAGAAAAAAACACAAAGUACUUCAAUACUUUCUUUAUUUGUAUUGUUUACCGAGUUAGGUAAAAAAUACAUAUAUAUAUAUAUACAUGCAAAUACAAAUACAUAUACAUAUACAUAUGUGUGGAAUAUUCGUCUGAAAGGAUCCUCGAUCCCAAAUUAAUGAAAAGGCGGGGAAAAAAAUAAAAACGAAAAUGGCGUUUUUUAAAAGUGUUUUAAAAGAUUCUCACGAAUUUAUUAGGAAACAACAAGAUAAGUAAAUAAAUAAAUUAUUCAACGGAGCAAAGUUUAUAAGAAUACGUAUGAAAUAAAAUAAUGACGAUGAUGAUGCUAAUAAAAAAAAAAAGAAAAAAUAAUAAUAAUAACAAUAAUAAUCAAACGAAAUCAAAAAUAUAAACGCCAACGUCAAAUAGAGAGAUCCGUACGCUUUAGUAUUAUGGCGCGCACAUUGUAAAGUAUAUAAACUAUAUUAAUUAAUGUUAUUAUUUAUAAUUUAUUGUGUAUGCUUGCACUUAGGUGUGUGUGUGUGUGAGAGAGAGAGGGAGAGAGAGAAAGAGAGAGAGAGAGAGAGAGAGAGAGAGAGAGAGAGAGAGAGAGAGAGAGAGAGAGAGAAUUUUCAAAAAAAUUUUCAAGCCCGACCGUUCCUGCGGCUUUCUUGUGUGUCAUCGACCGUAACAGUGUAUGAAUACGAAAUAUGUACAUACAUAUAUAGGAGGAAUGUGUGUGUGUGUAUAUGUAUGUAUGUGUGUGUGUAUAUGUAUGUAUGUGUGUGUGUAUGUUGUGUGUGCGCGUGCACGCGCGCGUAUGUCGUUCGUUAAGAAACUAUGCAUCUUGUCCGUUGUCCGAGGAGAAAAAUAAAUAACUAGAUUUUCGUUUUUAUGUUUGAAUGGUAAACAAAUUUGUUUAAAGGCAAAAAGAAACAAAUAAUAAAUGAACAAAUAACGAUAUAAUUAAAAACUCAUGAAAGGGACUUUUCAUUUAUAGCUUAAGAAUGUAAUAAAUCUAAUUACGUCAAGUGGUUUCUUAGUGGCUUCUUUAUAUAUAUAUAUUUUUCCUUGUUUUUAUGAAUUUGAACAAAAUCUUUUGUUACAAACAUGUAUUCAACAAAAAUGUUCAUUGAAAGUCGGACGAGGGAUGGUUUGCAUUGUUUUUAUGGUUCCUUGUACAUGGUGAUACUCGGUUAUUUUUCGUUUCUUUUUCGUUUUAUUUUUAUUUUAUUUUAUCUUUUAUCUUUUAUCUUUUUUUUUGUUUCUUUCUUUCUUUGUCUAUACGAGAAUUAAGUUCUCGUAGAGACAUUUGUCUUUAGCCAGAGAUUUUGUAUUUUUUCUGAGCAAGAGCAUGCGAAAGACUGAGAGAAAUGUAUGCAAUGAGAAGAGAGUGUGAGAAAGACAACGAUAUGAAAGAU